GAUGUUGGUUUCCUACCCGCAGACCAAGACCUACUUCUCCCAGUGGGGGAGUGAGUUGAACGCUCAAACCCCACAGGUGCAGAAACACGGUGCAACCAUCAUGGCCGCUGUGGGGAAAGCAGUCAAAAACAUUGAUGAUCUUACCAAUAGUUUGAACGCCCUCAGUGAGCUGCAUGCCUUCAAGCUCCGGGUGGAUCCGGCCAACUUUAAGAUCCUGGCCCACAACAUCAUCUUGGUUAUGGCCAUGUACUUCCCCGCAGACUUCACUCCAGAGGUCCACGUGUCAGUUGACAAGUUCUUACAGUGCCUGGCUUGGGCUCUGUCUGAGAGAUACCGCUAAACUCCAACAAUGACACAGAAGCAUCGACUGCCAAUGUGUGGCAUGCCAUCCAACAAUGUCAACACCCCUUUCGAUGGGUGCUUGUUCAAUAAAAACACAAAAACAAAAAUA